AUGGAAGCAAGCGAAGUCAAGAGCAAGAAACCAGGAGCCUCUCGUCUCUUCUGCUUAUGCAACCAGAGACGUCCGGUCCUGAAACGACCCAAAACCAUCCAACAGGCACUUGAUCAAGGAGCUGCGUUAUUGAAAGUAGAUAAGCUAGUCACUGGACAUAACGCAGAUGAUAUAGCAGAGAGCCAGAGACCGUUCUCUUGA